UGAAAGAGAGCUGAGGGCAGGGAGAGGCGGUGGCUGGUUUGUUCUGAGGGAAAGGGAAUGUUGUUAGCUCAGUGCUUUCCUCCAGCAGUGGGAACUCAUGGUCCCAUUGCCUGGAUGUGGGAUCCUGGAUACUCGAAGCCAGGCGGAUGCUUUCAGCAAGGGCCUAUCCCACGGGCUUUUGCAGCAGGGCAGUACGACCUGCCGGCACACAGCACUCGGGACACAGCAUCUCUCUGCUAAUGAGGCAGCUUUAGUGUAUCCAACAGCCGCCUCUUCAUCUGCUCUCUAUAACCCAGUCCAGGAUGACCUUGUUCCCACUGUUACGUGAGACAACACAAGGCAGCUGAGCCCUCAGUGAAAGAGCAUUUGGUUUAAAGCACGAGUAUAAUCAAGAGCAAGAAUGGGAGAAGAAUAACAUCUGAAGGACAAGCUCAUCAGUGUGAUGAAGAUGAAGGGAUUUAAAUGAAUUAAGCUGCAGAAGUGUCAAGAAAACCAUGACUUUGCUGCCACAGAGUGCACCAACCAGUGCAACAUCUGCCUAUGGGAAAAUAAGGCAUUUCUCUCUGUCACAUCUCUGCUGAAGCUAAAAAUAUUGAUGAAACUAACCUAAUCCUGGGCAUGGACAGGGCUUCUUAGGUUCAGGCGGUCUAACUCCUGCAUGUCCCCAUUUUUAUGUCAACCUGUGCUCUAAUAUUGGUGUUAAGCAAUAACUUUUAAUCUCUCUGACCAUGGGACAGACUGACUCAUGACAUGGAGAUUAUGGGGGGGAGAAAUGCAACUUUAAUGAAGCUGAGCUUUAUAAAACUGCAAUGGGCAAGCUUAAAUAUAAAACCAAUCUUGUCAUUUUAUGUGUUCAAACAGCUCUGGUGAAGAGUAAAUGCUUCAAAGUGCACUUUGAGUUCCCAGAUGAGCCGCACUGUGUGUAAAUUCCCUUGUCCUUCUCCAUCCCAGCCAUCUCCUGAGGCAGCUUCACCCGGACAGGCUGUUCUCCAGGGCCUGUCUCCGGCCUCUGCACAGUGUCAUCAUGAGCAGUCCCUUCCACCGCUGCUGGCCCUGAGCAGUGAAUCCCAGAGGACUGAGCGUCUGAAGAAGUGCAGAAGGAAGCAGAAAGGCUCUCUGCAAGCUCCUAGCUCCAGUUAAUUAUAAUGGAUAUUUGUAAGAUACAUGAAAACGCCUCCAAAUGCAGCAUGAACACCAUGGAGUGCUUUAUGGUCCUCAGCACACAAGCACAGAAGAUAAGCAUUGCCACACUGUGCGGCCUCUUUGGGACACUGUGCAUUUUUGAGAACUCUUUGGUGCUGUACUUGAUCUUCUCCUCUCCUGGGACCAGGAAAAAACCUUCCUACCUCUUUAUCAGUAGCCUGGCCUUGGCUGAUAUUCUGGCCAGCAUCAUCUUCGUCUGCAGUUUUGUUAAUUUCCAUGUCUUUAAUGAAACUGAUUUCUCUAAAGAAAUGUUCCUGCUGCAGCUGGGCGGGGUGAACACAUCCUUCUCUGCCUCCCUGAGCAGCUUGCUGCUGACAGCCCUGGACCGUUACAUCUCCAUCAGCCGGCCCUCUGAAUACAAGCUCCUCAUGACAAGGAAGAGAGCGUGGAUAGCACUGGGGAUGCUCUGGGUGGCAUGUGCGACCAUUGCUUCCCUGCCCCUCCUGGGCUGGAACUGCUGCACGCUCAAUUCGACCUGCUCCGAGCUGUUCCCAUUUGUGGACGACAGCUAUCUGUCGAGCUGGAUCUGCUUCAUCAUGGUCAUGCUGGGGUGCAUCAUCUACGCCUACGCGCACGUGCUGUGGAGGGCUCGCCAGCACGUGGCCUACAUGGAGAAGCGCCAAGUGCAGCUGGGAAAGCAGAACACCAGGAUGAGGAUGGAUGUCAUGCUGGCCAAGACCCUUGUCAUGGUGCUGACUGUCCUCGUGCUGUGCUGGUCUCCGGUCCUCGUUCUCAUGAUCUACAGCAUCUUUGCCGGGCUGAGCAAUCACCUGCGCAAGGUGUUUGCCUUCUGCAGCACCCUCUGCCUGCUCAAUUCCAUGGUAAACCCCAUUAUUUAUGCCCUGCGGAGCAAGGAGCUGUAUUCCUCCCUGAGGAUGGUCUUUUCUCGGUUCAGGAGGCACCUGAAGGCCCCUGAGGAAAGCCCAGAAGCAGAGAGCACCCAUAAAUCCUCCAUGAUAGAGACUGUCUGUGAGGACAUGCGCGUAACCUAGGGAGGCAGCCGUGGAAAGUCCACGCUUGGGCUGGCAGGGACAGUGUGGAUCACUUUUUCUUUUCUCUUCUUAUGGAGGUCCUGGGAAAUGAGGGAUCAGAUGCCUGUCAUGGAGCCAGCUCCCGCUGAUGUUCAUCUUAGAUGCUGGGACAUAAAGUACACAGGCUUACACAGGCAGCCAGUCCCCAAGCUGCAGAGAUACCGGUGCCACGCCAGUGUGCCAGCUGUGAGGCAGCGGAUAAUGCUGUGCCCUAGAACACCAAGCAGAUCCUAGUAUUUUAUGACAACUCCUCCUGCCUGGCCCCCCACCUAUCAACCAGUAACUCCUAACCUAUUUUUGUUACAUUUAGUGGUGACUUCCUUACACUCCAUAAAAUAUAGCUAACCACAAGUAAAACACUCUGCAGACCUUCAGGUUCUCUAGAAAUCCCCAGGUAUCACAUAACUCUCUCUAAACCCCUUAAUGGGCAUGGGCAGAGUUGUACAAACACCAUCAGCAAUGUGUUAAUAGCACAUCGCUACGUAGCAGAGGUACAUCUGUUUAGACCAGACCUGAAUGUCAUCCCAGGGUGUUACGUAUUAGCAGCACAGUUGACAAACGGUCUUCGGGUCCUGGCAAAGGUGGCAGAGAACAACACCAAGUCGUGAUGAGCUCCUGCCCACAGUGAAUGCUUCGCUGCAUCAGGCAGCAGCAGGACCGGCAGCAGCACGUGGUACCUCGGCCCUUGCUGGAAAAGGUGCACAUGGUUUCUCUGGACUCACUUGCAGACAGUCCUGGCUAAUCAUGUCUCACAGCAUUUGGGAUCGUGUUGAUUAUAGCAUCUAAUUCUUUAUGGAAAGCUGAAAUGUUCUCACCAUGACUUACGGACUCUGCCAUAAUUGAGGAUUUUGAGGCAGACCAGACCCUGCAGGCAGCAUGUUUCUUUCAGCAAAUCUAAGGAAAGCUAACCUGUGCCAUGCAGGCAUUUGUUGGAUGUUAUGUGAUUAAACAUUAAAUCCAU